GGAAGUCGGGGUCAGCAGAUCUGAUCACAUGACCUGCACCGUCUGUCACUGAGAAUCUCUCCUCUCCUGUUUGGGUUUUUCUUCGUCUACAUCUCUCGGAGCUCCGGGAUGGCCGGCCGCGGGAAACUGAUCGCCGUGAUCGGUGAUGAAGACACCUGCACGGGCUUCCUGCUCGGCGGGAUCGGUGAGCUCAACAAAAACCGAAAACCGAAUUUCCUGGUGGUGGAGAAGGACACGAGCAUCACGGAGAUCGAGGAGACCUUUAAGUGAGUCUGGAAAAAACACGGCCUGUAUGCAGCUCUGGACCAAACCUCUGCUAAGAAAACACAUAUUUUACCCUCACAGAUCUACACCAAACCUCUGUUUAAAAACCACUGAUUUUACCGCUUGCUGUGAGAUGAAAUAACGAGCCUAACAGCUGAUAAUAUUCAACCUCUAUUAAUUUAAACGUGAUUCCCGUAUGUGUUCAUUCCCGAUGGCAGAAGACUUAAAUGGAGUGUGUAAUUUUAUAAAAAUGCAAAUGAUCUGUUCCUGAAAUUAAUAACCGAGUUAAAUUCACUGUUUUUUCAACGGAGUUUUGUACGGAGGCGUCUCUUUGUCAUGUGACACAGUGAAGCGAUAACAAGGUGAUCAAACGUGCCUGUGCUUAAUCACCAAACCUCAUCCAACAAUCAGUUUAACUGUUUUUUUUAAUCUUAACUCUGUUUUCUGUGAUAUUUUAGCCAGUAGAUGAUUAUCAGAAUAAAUACCUAAAUUUAUUAUUGAUAAAAUCAUGCUGUUAAAGCACACAGAGAUCAGAUAAACCUGAGUGAAACAGCUGUUUAAUGUUAGUUUAGACCUUUAAACGUUAAGCAUUUGACACAUUAGAGAUUUUAUUGAUAAAGAGUAUGAAGAGUUGAGGCCCACAAAUUGAGCCUUGUGGGACUCCUUAAUUAACCUGUUGAAGUUCUACUUUUACGUUAUUGUUUAAUGUUAGAUAUCACACUUUUAUCUUGCCAUGGUAAGUGUUUGAUUUGUAGAAAUUUUGGUUUUUACAGGAUUAACUCUUCUUCUUCUCUGCAGGAGCUUCUUGGCACGUAACGACAUUGGCAUCAUCCUCAUCAACCAGUUCAUCGCCGAGAUGAUCCGUCACGCCAUUGAUGCCCACAUGCAGUCCAUUCCCGCCGUGCUGGAGAUCCCGUCCAAAGAGCAUCCAUACGACGCAUCCAAGGACUCCAUCCUGCGCCGCGCCAAGGGCAUGUUCUCUGCUGAAGACUUCCGCUAAACACACACACUACCUGUCAUACACACACAUGUACAACCUGUUACUCACAUUUUCUCUCUCUUUCUCUCUCUCUCACACACACACACACACACACACACACACACACACACACACACACACACAAACACACACACAUGUACAAGUCCAUGUUUGAUGUGAUUGUCCCUGACUGUAUUUGUUGUUCGAUCAGCUGAUUAUUAACUCAGUGUGUUGAUUUUUCUUGUUCUCCCUCUGAAUAAGAGUUUUUUUAUUUGUGUGUGUGUGUGUGUGUGUGUGUGUGUGUGUGUGUGUGUGUGUGUGUGUGUGUGUGUGUGUGUGUGUGUGUGUGUGUGUGUGUGUGUGUGUAUGAGAGAAACAUUCCAUUUGAUGUCCAGAACCGGGAAGUGAGUCAUUGAGGUGUUCUGAUUAAUGUGUGUGUCUUGUCAGCUGAGACUGACUGGAACAGGAAACAGAUUUGUUUUGUUUGUUUGUGUUAAGUUAUUGAACGUUUAUCGUGUUAAUAGAAAUAAAAUAUUUCUAUGGUCUGAUUUUCUGACUUUUUUU